AUGAGUGACUAUGAAAUGAGGACUCAAAGGGGAGGGGAGUAUGAUGCGUCUCAUGAUGGCCACUUCACGUGCCUGUGCUUCACUGUGCAGCAUUUAAAGUGGACUCUUCCCCAUCCCCCACCACCCAUCACCACCCAUUUUCUGCCACCUUUCGCUGCUGCUCCUUUUCCCCUUGCGCCACUGCUUCACUCCCCCCUUCCAGCGGUGGAGGGUUAUCUGGAGCAGGCUCUACUGGCGGCGGGCAUGAUGCUUCCCCAUUCCCCCACCCGCCCAUCCUCUACCAUCCCUUCCAAAUUGCAUUCCAUCAGUCAGCGCACCCCGUUUUCCCCACUUUCCCCACCCCACUUCCUCCCUUUACCCCCUUCAGCGGUGGAGGGUUAUCUGGAGCAGGCUUUACUGGCGGCGGGCAUGAUGCUUCCUAGCAACUUCGGGGAUCUGUUCAAGAUUGGGUGGAGCCGUAGCAGCAGGACGGACAAAGGGGUGCAUUCAGUGGCAACGGUGGUGUCAGUGAAGCUCGAGCUGCCAGAGAGUCUCUUUCAGAAGGAGCAAGGGCAGCAGGAGGAGGAGGGGGCUGGCUUGGCAGCAGCGGAUGCAAUUAAUGCCCAUCUGCCCGCCUCCGUUCGAGAGGAAGAGGAGGAAGAGGAGGAAGAGGAGGAAGAGGAGGAAGAGGAGGAAGAGGAGGAGGAGGAGGAGGAGGAGGAGGAGGAGGAGGAGGAGGAAGAGGAGGAGGAGGAGGAGGAGGAGGAGGAGGAGGAGGAGGAGGAGGAGGAGGAGGAGGAGGAGGAGGAGGAGGAGGAAGAGGAGGAGGAAGAGGAGGAGGAAGAGGAGGAGGAAGAGGAGGAGGAAGAGGAGGAGGAAGAGGAGGAGGAAGAGGAGGAGGAAGAGGAGGAGGAAGAGGAGGAGGAAGAGGAGGAGGAAGAGGAGGAGGAAGAGGAGGAGGAAGAGGAGGAGGAAGAGGAGGAGGAAGAGGAGGAAGAGGAGGAAGAGGAGGAAGAGGAGGAAGAGGAGGAAGAGGAGGAAGAGGAGGAGGAGGAGGAGGAGGAGGAGGAGGAGGAGGAGGAGGAGGAGGAGGAGGAGGAGGAGGAGGAGGAAGAGGAGGAAGAGGAGGAAGAGGAGGAAGAGGAGGAGGAGGAGGAGGAGGAGGAGGAGGAGGAGGAGGAGGAGGAGGAGGAGGAGGAAGAGGAGGAAGAGGAGGAAGAGGAGGAAGAGGAGGAAGAGGAGGAAGAGGAGGAAGAGGAGGAAGAGGAGGAAGAGGAGGAAGAGGAGGAAGAGGAGGAAGAGGAGGAAGAGGAGGAAGAGGAGGAAGAGGAGGAAGAGGAGGAAGAGGAGGAAGAGGAGGAGGAGUUGGGGAAGGGGCCAUUCGAGGAGUUGGGGAGGCGACUGAAGGAGUUUCAGCAGAUACUCAACACAUUUGAGGGCAAGCACGCGUUUCACAGGAAGGAGAAGAGGGAGGAAGGAGAGGAGGGUGAUUUACUGACUCUCUCCCAUCUGCAUUUGCCGUCCCUAUCCCCCCUCCCUUUCACCAGGGCAAGCACGCGUUUUACAACUACACUGUCAGGCGGCUGGCAAGCACGCGUUUUACAACUACACUGUCAGGCGGCUGUAUCGCGAGAAGCAGAAAAGGGAGGAAGGAGAGGAGGGUGCUUUACUGACUCUCUCCCAUCUGCAUUUGCCGUCCCUAUCCCCCCUCCCUUUCACCAGGGCAAGCACGCGUUUUACAACUACACUGUCAGGCGGCUGUAUCGCGAGAAGCAGAAAAGGGAGGAAGGAGAGGAGGGUGCUUUACUGACUCUCUCCUAUCUGCAUUUGCCGUCCCUAUCCCUCCUUCCCCUCACAGGGCAAGCACGCGUUUCACAACUACACUGUGCGGCGGCUGUAUUGCGAGAAGAAGAAGAGGGAGGGGGGAGGGAAGCAGGGUGCUACUACGAGGAAUUGCAUUGUGGCAAGCACGCGUUUCACAACUACACUGGCAAGCACGCGUUUCACAACUACACUGUGCGGCGGCUGUAUCCCGAGAAGCAGAAGAGGGAAGGGGGAGAAGGGGAGGAGGGAGACAAGGGGGAGGGUGGUGGAGAGAGGGUGAAUGCUGGCGACAGAAGGUUUAGGAGUGGGGGGGCAUGGGGGAGAGGCAGAGAGGAGGGGAGGGGGGAAGGACGGGGAAAAGGCAGAGAGGCAAGUGCAGGGACUGUUACGACAGGAGGAGAGGUAGUGGACGGGGGAGGAAAUUUGGUCUCUUUGGGCCUUCCGAGGGAGGCAACUUUUGAGACGUCUCAAGAGAGGAGAGUUGAGACGAUGGAGAGGGUUCAAACGGAGAUGGGUAGUGGCAUGGGAGAGGAACAAGAGAGGGUAGGGGAGAAAGAGGGCGAGAGAGGGGAUGGAGCUGGGGGGUUAGGGGAGCAAGAGGGGAAGGAAGUGGUGGGGGCAGAGGGGGCGGAGAGGGCGGGGAGGAAGGCGGUGUGGCUGCAUGAGACGGAUAAGAGUGACAAAAUCAGCACUGCGCAUUUCAGAACCAUCGACACUUGCACGGUGCUGCCUUGGAUUGAAGAGGGCGUUUUUUAUGCGAGCAGUGUGGAGGGGAGCAGGCUUGAGGAGGGGAGCAGGUUGGAGGGAGAAGAGGCGGAAGGAGGGAGGGGUGUGGGCCGGCAGGAGCGGCGGAGAUUCGUCCGCGUUGUGAUUCGGGGAGAGUCGUUUAUGCUGUACCAGAUCCGCAAGAUGGUGGGAACAGCGCUAGCAGUGCUGCAUGGAGCCAUCCCCCCCGCCAUGCUGCUGCCCUCUCUCGCCCGCCACUCCCGCGUCGUGCUGCCCCUCGCUCCGCCCCAAGGCCUCCUAUUGGCCGACUGCUCCUUCAUGCCCUUCCGGGCACCGAAGCUGCCCAAAAACAAAUCCUCCUCCGCUGCUGCUGAACUUGAUGUCUCUCACUCCAGCAUGCCUCUAGAAGCUGAAUCAACAGACCAUUUCAAGCAGCAGCAGCAGCAGCAGCAGCAGCAGGCAGAGGCGCUAUACACUCAGUGGCACAGUGCCGGAUUCCCUUGCAAAAGCGCCAGCACCAACACUCAAAACACGCUCCGCAUGUCUCCUGCCGUGUGUCAGAGAGUAGAGGCAUUCUCCCAAGGCCACGUGCUGCCAGCCAUGCUGCAGUGGUUGGAGGCUGAGGGGGAGCCGUGGAGCGGGUGGGAGGAGAAUCUCCUGGCAUACGAGUGGGUGUCUGAGGAGGAAGAGCGAGAGGUGUGGACCAAGGCAGGAGAGGCAGUGGGUAUUGAAGUCUUUGUUGGUGUUGCGUGUUGGGGAUAUUGA